CAGAAUGGCGGCGCCUUCUGACCGACGGCGCUGUGCUGCCUUCAGAGCCCGCUCUCUUCUGAAGGCUUUCCCCGCGUUGUGGCCCCGCUCCUCUGUGCUCAUCCGCCUUCCUCUUUUUUAUUAAACCUUUGUGACUGGGAAACAGCAGCAUCUCCACAACGUGAUACCUGGCCUUUGUUACAUUGACAGUUACAAAGCAUGGAAGAUCCUGUUUAUUCCAGCAUGGUGGAAUCUAUUUGUCCCAGCAUAGUGCACAAAUUCCUUCUUUGCCUCUGAACGUUUCUAUUUUCACAUUACCUGACAUAGACUGAAAGAAUCGAGGCGUGUUUUAAAGCAAAGUUUUUCUACGCUGGCAUCUGAUCCGAGCUACCUUAGAGGAGCAUCCUGCCUGCAUGGACAGGGCAACAUUUGCCUGUUCCACCGCCUUUUUUCAUGACUACAGCAGUUCGGCUCAGGGCACGUUCUCCACAGGACACGUUGACUUCAUUGAUAAAAUCGAAUCAUUCACUUAUUCGGACUUUUUUCGGGAUUAUUUGAUUCCCAACCAGCCCUGUGUUUUCUCAGAAAAGUUCACUGAUGGCUGGAGCAGCAGGAGGAAUUGGGUAACUUGGGGUGGGAAGCCUGAUUUCGAUCACCUGCUGCAGGAGUUUGGAGAGGCUAUAGUACCUGUGGCCAACUGUGAUGUCAAGGAGUACAAUUCUAAUCCAAAAGAGCAGCUCCCCCUCAAGGAGUAUAUAAGUUACUGGAAAGAGUACAUUAAAAAUGGCUACCGUUCAUCUCGAGGGUGCCUUUAUCUGAAGGACUGGCACCUGAGCAGAGCUUUCCCAGAGCAAGAUGUUUAUACAACUCCUGUGUAUUUCUCAUCUGACUGGCUGAAUGAAUAUUGGGAUGCUAUAGCUGUGGAUGAUUACCGGUUUGUCUACAUGGGACCUAAAGGUUCAUGGACUCCAUUCCAUGCUGAUGUCUUCCGUUCCUAUAGCUGGUCAGCUAAUAUAUGUGGGAGAAAGAAAUGGCUGCUCUACCCCCCAGGGCAGGAGGAUUACCUGAAAGACUGUCAUGGCAACUUGCCCUUCGAUGUGACUGCACCUGGUCUUCAGGACAGGAGUGUUUACCCUCGCUACAACCAAAGCCAACCCCCUGUGGAAAUUGUGCAGGAAGCAGGGGAGAUAGUUUUCAUCCCCAGUGGAUGGCAUCAUCAAGUUUACAACCUGGAGGAUACCAUUUCUAUUAACCACAACUGGGUGAAUGGCUGCAACGUAGCUAUAAUGUGGUGCUUCCUGCAGGAUGAAUUAGCAGCUGUCCAGAGAGAAAUCAAUGAAUGGAAGGACCCUAUGGAUGACUGGCACCUGCAAUGUCAGCUGAUCAUGAAAUCUUGCACCGGUAUAGACUACAAGGAGUUCUACAAUUUCCUCAAAGUUAUUGCAGAGAACAGGAUUUCUAUCUUGGAAAACGGCCUCGAUGAUGAAGCUUCAGCAAAGAACACUCCGAAAGCUGCCAUUUCCACCUUGGGUAUGCUCCAUGCAGUGUUUGAUUUAAAGAGGACUGUGAAGGUGUUAACAUCUUUAAGUGCUAAUGAAGAUUUCAAGAAACUAGACCUGACCUCGCUUUCUCCAUCUCCGGAAGCACUGCUCCAUCACUUGAAAGCAGCAAUAGACACAGCACUCCUCUAACUUCCUACCUAUUCUCUUAUUUGUAAAAUGAACCUUUGGGUAAAUUGGGUGUUUGUAGAAGAAUGACUCCUCCCUGUUUAAUAGCUGUUGCAAUUCAUGUACAAAGAGCCUUCCUAUAGAGUGGGGAGAGAGUAUAUUCCUAAGAUGACUGAAUAGUUUUUAAAUUUACAGCAUUGGAGUAUCUGGAAUAAUUAGGAAUAAAACUCUUAGG